AUGAGUCAUGGGGCGGGCAAGGACUCGAAGAAGGAUGCAAACGAAUUUGUUGAGAAAUUCAACGAAAUCAUACACUCGCUAUUCGAGGAGUACACUCGAAAGCCGACGGCUCCGAAAACGCUGACGGAACAUCAGAAGAAUGUCGCUCGUGGUCUACAUGAACUUGCUACGUCUGGUGAAUUGAAACUGGACAGAUUGGCUGCUGAGACAACUUCACUAUGCGAUGCGUUCAUUAACAACUGGGAAGCCACCGGCAUCAAGUCCGCCGCCGUUCAGCAACUUAUCGCCCUACUGAAUCGACCUCAUAUCCGGGGUUUAAUGAUAAGCGCAGAGGAUGUUGCAAGCAACAAGUAUCUCCCCAAGCUACCAGCAAUACCUUUCGAAGUGGACGAAGAUGAAGGAAUAGUUGUGAAAGUUGUGCGGAUUGUGAAAAGAGACGAGACCGUUGGUGUGACUAUCAAAAAUGAUCGUGGGAAAAUCUACGUAGCUCGAUUGAUAGCUGGUGGUGUUGCGGCUCGCAGCGCUUGCAUCCAGGAAGGCGAUCGAAUUCUGGAACUGAAUGGCAUGCCGAUUGCAGAACUCCCCGUGGACGAUGUGGCGCGUAUUCUAAAUCGUGUCGAUCACGGUACUGUCACUUUGAAACUGGUCCCUGCUGAUAAUUGUACUCGCGGUGAGAAUGGUGCUCCUCAUGUAUUCAUGCGUGCCCAGUUUGAUUACAAUGGCAAGAAUGACGAGCGACAUCCUUGCCCAGAAGUGUCGAUCGCGUUCAGCAAAGGGGAUAUCCUUGAGUUACUUGCAUGUAAUGAUGAUCAUUGGUGGCAGGCGCGCCGUAUCGGAAAUGGAGCGUUUGCGAAUUGUGAGGAUAUCAAGGGAUCGUCACGGAUAGGACUUAUACCAUCUGAAGCUCUCCAACUGGCCAAAACUACCUCAGAACACGAGCUCAAACAUGCGGAUCGGGGGUCGAAUCGUUCAAGAAGCAGCUUAAAUGCGGAAAUGAUCUACGAGUCGGUGUGCCGUAUCCCAGCGAGAGAAGAUGGUUCGCGGAUUGUUGUACUACUUGGACCGCCUGGUGUUGGAAGGUAUACUGUUCAUCUUACGAGAAUUUUGUUGAGAAACGAGCUGAAACGGCGUUUGUUAGCGCGAUACCCUCAACGGUUUUCUACUACUGUACCGCAUACCACCAGGACUAUGAGGGCUGGAGAGACUGAAGGUGUUGAUUACUACUUCGUGGAAAGGUCUGUGAUGGAAAAGAUGAUCUAUUCUGGUCAAAUGCUGGAAUUUGGAGAGUAUAAAGGUAAUCUAUACGGUACAUCUCUUUCCUCAGUGCGUGAUGCAAAGCGCCGUGGAACUCUGCUCAUCACCCCUCAUCCGUUGGCCUUACAAUUAUUGCGUACAUCGGAAUUCAUGCCGUUUAUUAUUUUCAUACAACCACCAGAUAAGGUGACGUUUAAGGCUACCCGGGCUCUUGGUCCGCAUAAUACGCGUGCUUCUACAUCAACUCUAAAGAAAGGCAGCUCUGGCCGAUUGUUCACGGAUACGGAAAUUGAACAGAUUUUGGAGAGCAGUGCAUCACUUUCACAAGCAGAUCUCGAGGAGAGCUGUACACAGCUACUUCGUCUCAUCAAUGAUCUGGAAACGAAACCCACAUGGGUACCUCUCAGUUGGGCUACUCACUUUCGGUCAGAUUGA